GGGUGCUGCAUGAGGGGCCGCAGGGGUGAUCGCAUGGCCAUCAGCAUCCAGGAGCACAUGGCCAUCAACGUGUGCCCCGGGCCCAUCCGGCCCAUUCGCCAAAUCUCUGACUACUUCCCCCGCCGGGGACCAGGACCUGAAGGGGGCUGUGGGGGCUUUGGGGAGGCCCCUGCUCGGCUGGCCCCCCUGGCCCUCGCUCCUCCUGCAGCCCUCCUUGGAGCCACCACGCCUGAGGAUGGAGCUGAGGUGGACAGCUAUGACUCGGAUGAUGCCACUGCCCUAGGCACGCUGGAGUUUGACCUUCUCUACGACCAGGCCUCCUGCACUUUGCACUGUAGUAUCCUCAGGGCCAAGGGCCUCAAGCCCAUGGAUUUCAAUGGCCUGGCCGACCCCUACGUCAAGCUGCACCUACUGCCUGGAGCCUGCAAAGCCAAUAAACUAAAAACUAAGACCCAGAGGAACACUCUGAAUCCCGUGUGGAACGAGGACCUGACAUAUAGUGGAAUCACGGAUGAUGACAUCAGCCACAAGGUGCUCAGGAUCUCCGUGUGUGAUGAGGACAAGCUGAGCCACAAUGAGUUCAUCGGGGAGAUCCGCGUACCCCUCCGCCGCCUCAAGCCUUCACAGAAGAAGCAUUUUAAUAUCUGCCUUGAGCGCCAGGUCCCGCUGGCUUCACCAUCUUCCAUGUCGGCGGCGCUGAGGGGCAUCUCCUGUUACCUGAAGGAGCUGGAGCAGGUGGAACACGGACCUGGGCUGCUGGAGGAGCGAGGGCGCAUCCUGCUGAGCCUCAGCUACAGCUCGCCUCGCCGGGGGCUGCUGGUGGGCAUCGUGCGCUGUGCCCACUUGGCCGCCAUGGAUGUCAACGGCUACUCUGACCCCUAUGUCAAGACGUACCUGAGGCCAGAUGUCGAUAAGAAAUCCAAGCAUAAAACAGGUGUGAAGAAGAAGACUCUCAACCCGGAAUUUAAUGAGGAGUUUUUCUAUGAGAUGGAGCUCUCAGCUCUAGCCACCAAGACUCUGGAAGUCACAGUCUGGGACUAUGACAUUGGCAAAUCCAACGACUUCAUUGGUGGCGUGUCCCUGGGGCCAGGCGCCCGGGGAGAGGCCCGGAAGCAUUGGAGUGACUGCCUGCAGCAGCCAGACACAGCCCUGGAGCGCUGGCACACACUGACCAGCGAACUUCCCCCCGCGGCUGGGGCUCUGCCCUCAGCCUGAGUGGUGGGAGCAGCUGCCCAGCAUUGGCCCCUUGGGGCCGGGUCCCGUACCCAACCUUCGCACGAGUGUGUUGCACGUUUACACGGGGUGGAUGCCCUACCCCAUACUACCUGUCUUAUUUUGUGAGAGUCUCUGUGACUUUGGGUCUGUCUUCUUGUGAGGGACUGUGAAGAUCUAUUUCACAUAUGCAAACUUCCUCCUGCCUGACUCGCUAUUACGUGCAAAUAUGCAAACCACCCAGCCUGUGCACACCUGCAGCUGGAGGCCUGCCAGGGCCCUGCCCGGCCCGGCUGCCGCUCCUCUCUCCUGCCUUCCCAUGCUGCCCCGCCCCCUCCCCCUGCAGGGAGGAGGUCGGAUUGGGGGGGGUUGAAGGAGGACAA